GAGGGGCUGGGGGCAGCGGGGCGGGGCGGAGCGGCGCGGCGCGGCGCGGCGGGGCUGGCGGGGGCUGGCGGCGAGGCGGGGCCGAGCGGCCCGGCAGCGGCGGAAGGGGAAGCGCGCGGCGGCGUUGGGCUCGGCCCGCCCCGGCGGGACCGCGCUGAACUAUAAACAUGAAGAAAAUAAAGCUUAAAGAGCUGGAAAGCUGUCUUCAACAGGUUGAUACUUUUGAAAGUCCAAAAUUACUCCUGGAACAGUAUCCAACAAGGCCUCAUAUUGCAGCAUGUAUGCUUUAUACGAUUCACAAUACUUUUGAUGAUAUUGAGAACAAAACAGUUGCAGACUUAGGAUGUGGCUGUGGCAUGCUUAGCAUUGGAAGUGCAAUGUUAGGAGCAGGAUUGUGUGUGGGGUUUGACAUAGAUGCAGAUGCACUGGAAAUAUUUAAUAGGAAUGUUGAAGAAUUUGAGCUCACAAACAUCAACAUGGUUCAGUGUGAUGUUUGCUCUUUGUCCGACAGCAUGUCAGAAACUUUUGACACAGUUAUUAUGAACCCUCCUUUUGGUACCAAGCACAAUAAAGGAAUGGAUGUGUUUUUUCUGAAAACUGCUUUACAGCUGGCAAAAACGGCUGUAUAUUCCCUUCACAAAACAUCAACACGGCAACACAUUCAAAAGAAAGCAGAUGAAUGGAAAGUGAAGAUGGAAGUUAUAGCAGAACUUAAAUAUGACCUACCCGCAUCAUACAAGUUUCAUAAGAAGAAAUCGGAGACACCCCUGCCCCAUGUCAACUGUUCAUGACAAGAGCUACCUUAAAUGUUUUCUGCAGUGUUCUCCUCAUUUGAAUGUUUUCAACUGGACCUUUAUCCUCAAGCCAUUCUUUGAUAUCAUCAAGAGUUGCAUCUACUGGAAAGCCUUUCUGCAAGAUAACACUGAACUUCAAUUACAUGCAACAAACUAUGAGACUUCAACAGAAGUAUUUAUUACUAACAUAAUACAGCGACUGACAAGUACAACUUAAAAACCUGACUAUCUACUAUAAUUUAAUUCAAGCUUUACUUUAGCUAGAUGGUUUUCAAAGUCAUGCAAAAUAGCACAAAGCAAAGGAAGAAGUUUACUUACAACAUAUACAGAUCUGUUUUUAAUUGCAGUUUUAUACUGGUCAUUUAAUUCAGGAAGGGGUUUGUUUGGAGAUCUUCUGAUUUUAGUUUUGUCUUCAUUUAUUUCCAUUAGACCAGUCUUAGAUUUUUUUAAUGCUUCUACUAUAACACCAAAAUCUUUUGAAAGGCGACUUAACCUAUUAAGUAAGCAGACACAGGUUAUGUCAACCACAUGGGCAAAGCUGAAGGCAAAUGCUAAGAUAGCAAAAGGAGCUGUACACACAGACUGGGGGUGCUCAGCCCAAAAGAACAGUAAGUAGCUGGAUGUUAUCCAGCCAUCCAGCUUCACUAUACUUUGUUUUACCUGUUGAAUUUGAUCAUAAUUUCUAAAGGCACCCAGCCAUCAUCCAGUUUGAUCUGUUCCUUUAGGAACUUGUCUCUUGGUAGAUUGUGAUCACCAAAAUAGUACUGCAGAAGGGGGGGGGGGGGGGA